AUGUUUAAGGCUGUGUUAGUACUUUGUCUAGUUGGAGUUACUGUAGCAUAUCACGAACAUCAUAAACACCAUGAUAAUCAUCACCAUCACGAAGAGAAGCACGAAGAACACAUCGUUGACUACUAUGCCCACCCUAAGUACAAAUUCGAUUAUGGAGUACAUGACCCCCACACUCAUGACGUAAAAAAACAGGAAGAGACCAGAGAAGGAGACGUCGUCAAGGGCUACUACUCCCUCUACGAACCUGAUGGAACCGAGAGGAUCGUCCACUACACCGCGGACAAGAAGAACGGUUUCAACGCCGUCGUAGAGAGGAAAGGACACGCUGUACAUCCUCAGCAUUACGGGCACUCAUCCGAGACAUACUUCAAGCAUCACGAUCACCAUGAGCAUUCUGAAGACGAUAGCCACCACGAUCAUCAUGAGCAUUAUGAGCACAAAGAUCACCACCAUAGUCAUUAUGAACACCACAAAAAAGAGCAUGAAGAACACUAUGGUCAUGAGCAUCAUGAACACCAUGAACACGAUAGCCACCACGACAAGAAACAUGAGGAGCACCAUGGUCAUCACGACCAUGAACAUCACGAGCACAAUGAGCAUUAUGAUCACGAAAGCCACCAUAAAAAACACGAAGAGAAACAUAAAGAACAUGUCGUUGAUUAUUACGCCCACCCAAAAUAUAAGUUCGACUACAGUGUCCAUGAUCCCCACACUCACGACGUAAAGAAGCAUGAGGAGUCUAGAGAUGGAGAUGUGGUCAAGGGCUUCUACUCCCUUUACGAACCCGAUGGUACCGAGAGGAUCGUCCACUACACAGCAGACAAGCACAAUGGUUUUAACGCCGUCGUAGAGAGGAAAGGACACGCUGUACAUCCUCACGUAAAAGGAUCUGCUGAGUCUUUCUUUAAACACCAUCACGAACACAAUCAUCAUCAUGAACACCAUGGAUAUUCUGGAAGUUCAAGUAGUCACCACUACUAA